UUUUAACACAACGGUUUUACUAAAGGAGUGGAAUGCAAGACCUUCUUAUGAAUCCAUGGGGUCAUGGGGUGUGACAAAAACAACGUGUGGAUUACUUUUCAUACUUUUAGAAAGCACUUCAGAACAAUGUAGCAAUACAGUACAGCGUUCUUUACUUGUAAAGAAUGACAUGACUAUCGAGUUACAUGCUUAUAAUCAUCCUGUCACUUAUCAUCUUUUGGAAAAGGUGACGUGCCUACAAGAUAUUUAUUUUUUAUUACGAAAAAUAAGUGCAAUGAAAAUGUGCCAAGAAGAGUCCUGCACUAUUGGGUACUUUGAGCAUAAUCCACUUUCACGAUCCAAUCUUUGUAAAGAUUGCCAAUUAAAGAACAAAAGAAAAAAAGUAAGAGAAAGUAAACGUGAAAAGAGAGCAGCCGUCAGAAAAGCGAAGGAGAAAAUUUGCAAGAAAAAUGUAAAACAAAAGUACAAACGGAUAUACAACCAGAUGAAGAGAUACAAAGUAGAAUUAGAGAAUUUAAAAGUAUAAUGUGCCUCACAAAAAGAGGAAAUUCUCGACGAAGCAAUAACAAGCUUCCCAUCUGCCUUGAGGAAGUCGAUUAAAGCAUGUUGGAGAUCUGCUCGCUCCAAUGACAAGCGUGGAAUGCGUUAUACAAAAGACUGGAUACUGGAAUGCCUGCUAUUAAGAAUAAAAAGCCGUAAGGCUUAUAUUCAUCUUCGUUCACAUAACAUACUAGCUUUACCUACUAUUGGAACCCUCAAUAAAUACAUAAAAAACUUCAGCCCUAGUUAUGGCUUUGAUCCAGCACUUUUCGCAAUGUU